AUGAGGCUAUUUCCGCUCUCUGCUUCCUCUUUGUCUGUUUGUGCGGACUGACUGAUCGGCGCCAUUCUCCGCUCCUGCACUUUCAGCUUCGAGUGCGCAAUAAUCCCCUCACCAUGUCCGACGACGGAAAGUUGUUCGUCGGCGGCCUGAACUUCGACACAGACGAGCAAUCCCUGGAAGAGGUUUUCUCCAAGUACGGCCAGAUCGCUGAGGUGAAAGUGAUUAAGGACAGAGACACCAUGGCUUCCCGCGGCUUCGGCUUCAUCACUUUCGAGAACCCGGACGACGCCAGGGACGCGCUGCAGGCCAUGAACGGAAAAUCCAUCGACGGGCGGCAGAUCCGAGUGGGUCACGCCGAGAAGAAGUCGGGAGGAGGCCGUGGUUACGGCGGAGGCCGAGGCGGUUACAGUAACCGGAGGAGAGGCGGCGGCGGUUACUGGGAUGCUGACAGGAGCGCCGGCUACAGCGGCGGAGGCCGCUACGAUCCAGGAGAGCGGGACAACUACUCGGCUGGAUACAGGAACCAAGGAGCAUACUACUACGGCGGCGGCGGCGGUGGUAGUUAUGGAAGCCGCCCUUACAGGGACUAUGAUUGAUCACAUCUAGAGAAGCAUUUCUUCCAGAUUCAGGAUCGACUUUCCACCUUGUUCUUUAAAAUGGCGCUUGGAACCACAGAAAGCAGCAUCUGAUGAUUAUGAUUUGCCUGUUAUGUUAAAAUGCUAGAAAACCAUUUUCACUGUUGUCAUGAUUAAUCUUGUUACCUGUUGUUUAGUCUGGAGUACUGCCUCAUGAUGGCUUUUCGAACAUAAUACCAUGUCGUUUUCUAUAUUUUUUUAAAAUUAGGACCUUUGGUCGUUUGAACGUUCAUUGCCGGUUUAUAUCACCAUUGAAUCUCUUUUCAUCAGCUCCCUUUGGAAUUUGUUGAAAUCGUUUUGCUUUCUGGUGAGAUUUUUCCACAAUUCCAUAUGGUGCAAAGAAAGAGCGCGCAAAAAGCACUUUUCCCUGUGUCCCCCAUGUGGCCGAUCCCCAAACGCCAUUUUAUCUCUGGAAUGCGAACUGCUAUUCAUAUUUUCUUUUAAUCGACCAAUUUUCAUUGAAUCCAUUCACUUGUGGGCGCAAUUAACUCAUGAGGAUGGAGUAUUUCUUUAAUUUUUUUUGAAGGAAUUUAAAAUGGCUUCACGUGGAAAAUUGUCAUUGUCUUCUAAGGAAGUGUGUUUUGGGGGGGGUGGGGAAGACCUAAGUCUGAAUGCCAGCAAUGUGCCCAGUUUGAACCAUUUCCCUGCCAGUGAAAAAUAAUAAGUCCCCUCCACAGCAACGUUUUAUGUAACAUAUUACAAGAUUUUCUGAAAGCAAACUGAUUUUUUGUUUUAAAACUCAUUUAUUGAAAACUGUAUACUGAUUUUUAAAAAUCAAUUGUCAUUUGUUGUACUUUCAUCAGCUGGCAUAGUCCUUUGAACAGAACAUUGCCACCUGGGAGACAAAUCUUUGCCAGUGGAUUUACCUGAAUAAAAUGCAGCUUCAGGAAUACUA